AACGUGAGGGAGAGCGAGAGCGAGACACAGAGAGCGAGAGAAGCAGGAGAGGGAAAAAGGAGAGAGAGAGAGAGAGAGAGAAGGGGAGAGAGAGAGACAGAGCGAAGGGGAGACAGAGAAAGAGAGAGAGGGGGAGAGUAAGUGGGAGGGAAAGUGGACAACAGGAAAAAGAGAGAGGGAGGGGGCAUAUGUGUGUACGAUUGUUUCUGAAGGGCAGGGGGAAAAAGAAUAAGAAAAUCUGAAGUAGCCGCCAUAUGCUGUGGAUUUUUUACUGAAUGCUGAAGUCACACUGUCUCCUUCCUGUUGGGCGUAGCACUAAAAGAUGGGAAGCUCGCAUUUGCUCAACAAAGGCUUGCCUUUAGGCAUCCGGCCGCCGAUCCUGAACGGGCCGAUGCACCCUCGCCCCCUGGUGGCGCUGCUGGAUGGGCGCGACUGCACCGUGGAGAUGCCCAUCCUCAAGGACGUCGCCACCGUCGCCUUCUGUGAUGCCCAGUCCACACAGGAGAUACACGAAAAGGUGCUGAAUGAGGCGGUGGGUGCCUUGAUGUACCACACCAUCACCCUUAUGAGGGAGGACCUGGAGAAGUUCAAAGCCCUGCGCAUCAUUGUCCGCAUAGGAAGCGGAUUUGACAACAUUGACAUCAAAUCAGCAGGAGACCUAGGUAUUGCGGUGUGCAACAUGCCGGCGGCGUCGGUGGAGGAGACGGCGGACUCGACGCUGUGCCACAUCCUGAACCUGUACCGGCGCACCACGUGGCUCCACCAAGCCCUGAGGGAAGGCUCGCGUAUACAGAGCGUCGAGCAGAUACGGGACGUGGCCUCGGGCGCCGCUCGCAUCCGAGGGGAGACGCUAGGCAUCAUUGGCCUUGGUCGUGUUGGCCAGGCUGUAGCAUUAAGAGCCAAGGCUUUUGGCUUCAAUGUGAUCUUCUAUGACCCGUACCUGUUAGACGGGAUGGAGAGAGCGCUGGGACUGCAGAGGGUCAACACCCUGCAAGAUCUCCUGUUUCACUCGGACUGCGUCUCCCUGCACUGCAGCCUCAACGAGCACAACCACCACCUCAUCAACGACUUCACCAUCAAACAGAUGCGUCAGGGUGCGUUCCUGGUGAACACGGCGAGGGGAGGGCUGGUGGACGAGAAGGCCCUGGCACAGGCCCUGAAGGAGGGCAGGAUACGCGGAGCCGCCCUCGACGUACACGAGACAGAACCCUUCAGCUUCAGCCAAGGUCCCCUGAAGGACGCCCCCAACCUGAUCUGCACCCCCCACGCGGCCUGGUACAGCGAGCAGGCCUCCAUAGAGAUGAGAGAAGAGGCGGCCAAGGAGAUACGCAGGGCCAUCACAGGUCGCAUUCCCGACAGUCUGAAGAACUGUGUAAACAAAGAAUUCCUGAACCAAACCACACACUGGGCGGGAAUUGACCCCUCCACAGUGCACCCAGAGCUCAAUGGAGCAUACAGGGUAUGUCCAAUCCAGCUCAACUACAUAACAAGCCAAAAUUACAGAGAAGCAAACUACAUUUCUGGCUUUGCUCCUCAAAGCUAUAUUGUUAACCUCAGGUACCCGCCGGGGGUGGGGAGCCUGGCGUCAGGAGGCCUGCCGCCACCCAUCGAAGGCAUCGUGCCUAGUACCGUGCCCAUCACCCACAGCCUGCCCACCGUAGCCCACCCGCCGCACGCCCCGUCGCCUGGCAACGCGGGGAAGGCAGAGCCCGACAGAGAACAACACCCCAACGAGUAGCUAGCUUAGCGACGACAACAACGAGUAGCAUCCAUCCUAGAGACGGCCACAGUGACAGUCCACAUGGCGUGACGGCUGGAGAGGACAACACACAAGAUCAUGAACAGCUAGAAGAGAAGCGAUGAAAAGAAAAGAGAAGAAAAGAAAGAAAAAAAACAGAACUUCUGCCAUGGAGUAACCUUGAUCUAAUUGUGACUUGUUUUGUUUUCAUGAGGGGAGAAAAAAAGAAGAAAUUUGUCGAUUCAGAGUGUGUGUAAACAAACCUUUAAUUUGUAGUUUGUCUGAGUACAGUGGGCAUUUUUUUAUUAUCUGUUUUGUCUUUUGGCUUCUUGUGUGACAGAAGUAUAUAUGACAUGAAUGUACCCUCUCCCUAAUCCACGGAUGAAAUAGAUGCCAAUGUUGUUUAAAGAUGGACAAUGUAUCUUAAAUUAUUUUACAGUCAAUCGAUUGGUUCUAUUAAUAAUUUUAGCUGUAUUUAUGACUUAAAACCCAUCCCACAAUGCAGCAAUUAUGAUGACUGUAACUGAAACGAAGAUAUUACUACACAGAACAACACAUGAAGAAGAAAUGUUCCAGGAGUAUCGCAAAAAAAAAGAUUGCGAUGCGAUAUCAUUCAAAUUCAACAAAUUCUGAUCAGCUGACAGCAUCAGUGUCUGGCACUGCUGGAGUUAUUGUUUACCUUAAACUACAUAGUAUUACACUUCACUUUAGUUUUCCUUUCUUAAACAAUAUCAAUUGGAGAAACAGUUUGGAGGUGAAAUGAAAUACAUACCACUAAAAACAUUCACAUGAUGUGGGAGGUAGCAGACUUUCUUUUUUCCCUUCAAACAUCAAUUGCAGAAACAGUUUCGAAAUGACGGUAAAAUGAGAGACGAAGGCCUACAAAAUCCACAUGACUUGCGAGGCGACAUAUGAGGCAACAUAUGCUUUAUAACAAAAGUUCAAGGGAGUCGCAGGAUCCAGGAAGGAACUUUGGGGUCUAUUAGAUUUCUAUUAGAAUGUCUAUUAGAUGGUGAUUGCAAAGAUUGUCUUACAGGUAGUUCCACAUAGAACGUCUCGGUGAUUGGGCCUCUCUACAUUGUAACUGUGUUCCGCAAUUUCCUAGCAACCAGAGCAGCUAUGAGAAGUCAUAGGCUAAUUACAUGCACUUUAUUGUGACUUUUUUUUCCUUUAUAGAGAAAAACACAAGUUAAUUUUUUACUUUGUCUGAACAUUUCCUGAGCAAGAGACAACUAAUUUCUGAUGUGAUCCAUAGUAAUUCUUCAUUUUACAAUGAAAUGAAAGUGAUAUACUGUACAAAGUUACACUUCACAGUUAUACGAGUACACGGUUAUAUCUUACUUAAAGAUUAACAGUACAUUAUAAAUGUACUUCAUUCACCCUAAUUCCUAUUUUCGGCAGUGUUGACAGACCUUGAAACUGUUGGUUUUAAUUAACCAUCCCCAAAUGAGGCAGUUUUUUGCACAUCUUCUCAGGAAAAUAUGAGCUAGCCCCCCAGCCCCCCUACUCUGUAUUGUGGAUCAUGAGUAUUGCUUCAAAGGUAAACAUAAUGUGAAUUUAUUAAUUUUUUCGAGGAGCAUGUAUUCUUUUUCUGUGUUAAAAAAAGAUUCCAUCUUGAGUACAUCAUCGAGUUUAAAAGAUGUGCACAGCUGAUGACCUGCUUGCCUGUCCAUGUGUAAUUGAUUGUCGAUGUUAAAUAAAAUAAAUAGCAUUUUUUUGCUGCAGGACCUGGGGCAGCAGACUAUUGCCUACAAUAAAAUUGAUAUCUUUCUGGUAACGUGGUAGGCUAGCAAUACAUCAAUGUAUUUAUCUGUCUGUCUACUAUCUAUCCACUCAUCUAUCUAUCUAUCUAUCUAUCUAUCUAUCUAUCUAUCUAUCUAUCUAUCUAUCUAUCUAUCUAUCUAUCUAUCUAUCUAUCUAUCUAUCUAUCCAAAACAAACACAGAAACCAGAAACACACAAAUAUAAAAUAUUUUUUGUUAAAUCCAAAAAGAGGUGUUUGUGACCAUAUGCAUUUGUAUGAAUUAUUUUAAAAAG